GUAAUCUGAAAUAAAUAACUACAAACGCGUUAAUACCAGAUAAUUUGUGUACUCCCGGCUGGUCACUCUGGUUGGAACGUUUUUCGCAAAAACAGCGGCUGAUCAUUGAAGUUUUCUCGUGUUUUUCCCUAUCAAACCGAAAUAAAAACAGAAUGUCCUUCGUCAAGAACGCCCGUUUGCUGGCCGCCCGCGGCGCCCGUUUGGCCCAGAACCGCAGCUACUCGGAUGAGAUGAAGCUGACCUUCGCCGCCGCCAACAAAACCUUCUACGAUGCCGCUGUGGUGCGCCAAAUCGAUGUGCCCUCCUUCUCCGGAUCCUUCGGCAUCCUGGCCAAGCACGUGCCCACUCUGGCUGUCCUGAAGCCCGGCGUUGUCCAGGUGGUGGAAAACGAUGGCAAGACCCUCAAGUUCUUCGUCUCCAGCGGCUCUGUCACCGUCAACGAGGAUUCCUCCGUUCAGGUUCUGGCCGAGGAGGCCCACAACAUCGAGGACAUCGAUGCCAACGAGGCGCGCCAGCUGCUCGCGAAAUACCAGUCACAGCUCAGCUCCGCUGGCGACGACAAGGCCAAGGCCCAGGCUGCCAUCGCCGUGGAGGUCGCCGAAGCGUUAGUGAAGGCUGCCGAAUAGACGUAAUCACCACACAACCGCCACCAAUAAACCACAAUCGAUGCUUUGUGUCUGAAAUAAAUAAAACAUAACGAUCACCUUUAAAAGCCAGAGAGUUAUGAAACAAUAAAAAGCGAAUCAUAAUAUCGUAUUAAUGACCCGUGA